CGCCGAAACAGCUGAUUGUCAAAAGUCACCAAUGUCGCACCCCGCUGGCGCAGCACCCACAAGCAUUUAAUGUCAGCUGGAAACACAUAGAGAAGAAGCUUCACACGUCUUACUAUCGCGACUGUGUUUCAGUUUACACACGAAUGGAACGCAGUGGAAUCAUGCGGUGCGUCACCAAGUGACGUUCGCACGUAUUCAAAGCAGACUCGGUCUCACAGUGCAAGUGUGUGUGUGAGUGAGUACGUCUGCGUUUGUGUUUAUGUAUGUGUAAGUGAGUGUGUGUGAGUGGAGUAGCAUUGAAAAACGUUCAAGCCAGACAAUAGCCAACAAGAAAAAGGAAGCAAGAAAAGUGGCAAACUGAGCCUUGACCUGAACCAAUGCAAGUGCAAAAGCCAAAAACCAACAGCAACCGCAACCAACAGCAAACAACAAACAAAGAGGAAGUAAGCAAAAGUGGAAGAGACGCGUCAUGACGCCCACUGCGAGUCAAUUAAUUCACGCAACUACAACAACAGCAAGAAUCAGGAGCGAAAGUUAAAACAACAAACAAGAAAUAAUACAAAAAAAAAUCCUGCCACAAUUGGCGGCCUUGCAACAGCAUCAGCGUGUGGAGCAUGGGUUCAUGUCUCGGCAGCUGUGUAGCCGCCAACUCCUCCGCGUUCGCCUCCGCGUCCGUUUCAGCCACGGCCUCGAACUCGAAUUCCACAGCUUCAACGUCGUCGUCUUCCUCCGCAUCGGCCACGAGCUCCACGAACUGUGUUACGGCCGCCGCCAACAGCUGGUAUCUGUGGCGUCGACCCAGAGCGAGAGGCAGAGCUCGAGCACGAGCAGGGUCCACCGAUGAGCCGGAAGCGGAGCUGCUAUCGACGGCCAGUGAACGUUGCCAGCGUCGUGGCCUUGUCUAUCGCAUCUUGAAGUUUAAAAGGAAGCAGCAAUGUCCACAGUUCCUGGACAGAUACUGGGAACAGCAGCCCAGCUAUGCGAAGUUGCAAAACGACAGCGCAUUGGCUGAUAUCCAGCUGCAGAAUCUGGAUGUGCACAAGUUGCUCAAUGCCGCAGCGACGCCCAGCAAGGAGACGGAACUUCAGAGCUAUGCUCGCAUGGCCAGCUCAAGGGCGAGCUCGUCGCUCGACCUGGAAUGGGAGCAUGAAUACUCGCAGCUGCGUCAGUAUCAGCAGCGACAGCAAAAGGAGCAACGACAGCUGCAACAACAGCAGCAGCAGCAUCACCAAACGCUGCAGGACACACCACCGAUGGUGGCAUCGCAAGCACGCUACGCUUCUCUGGACCAAUUGACAACGGCGGCAUCGCUUGCCGCCAGCCAUGGACGUCAUGCUGCCGCCGCGCGGCAAGCACGUUUGGGGCACGGUCAACGUUAUGGCGGCUCCUUUACAGGCACAUCCUGCUGCUCGUCCACACAGAACUCUUGGUCACACAUAUCCACGCCAGAGUCGCUUGAGUGGGACAUUGAUGCCGAGCAGGAGCAGCAGCGUCAGUUGCGCCAGGAGGACGAUAACUUGGAUGAUGAGACCCUAAAGUUGUUGCAUCAAAUCGAACAGCUCAAGCAUCACGUGCUCCAGGAGACGGGCGAUGGCUUAAGCAUGGGCGCAACGCCAGCUGUCGGUGUGGGCGUGGUUGUCGAUGAGCUCACAGAAGGAUUGCAGUUUCGUGCAUCGCAUUUCGGCGGAGUAGAGGCGCCUAUUAGUUGAUCAAAGCGAGAUUAAUGUAAAUAACAUAAAAUCAAAUAGCAUAUAGAUUACGAGAGACCUACGAAAGACCUGUGAGGCAAGUUAAGAUAUCGAAUAUAACAAUUAAUAGCAACGCAGGAGAGUUUGAGGAGUAUUUCAACAGUAUUUUCAUUAUUUCAAAUAAGAUUCCCUAUUUCACCUUCCAUUUCUCUCUGAAACUGAACAAAUUAAGAAUACAAAGAAAUCAUAUUUAAAGAUAAGUAAUUAUUUUGUAGACUAGAAAAGCAAUCUACUCCUCUUAAAUUCAUUCUAAUGAAUCUUAAGAAUUCUUUAAAAAAAAAUUCCGAAUAACAUUUUUUCCUAUUCUCCAAUUUAUUGAAGUGUUUUCAAAAGAAUCUCCCUUUUGUCUUUAUUUUACUAAUAUGGAAUUGAAAGUCAUUUAUUUGAUUUUGACAUUUCCACCGAUACCGAAAUUGCACUCAAUAUUUCUAUAGAGCUAUAGAGUACAUUAAGAGUGGAUUAAGAAUUUUGUUUGUCAAAGAACUAUUAAAUAAUUUAGAGUAUUCGCAGUCUCUCUAGAAUUAUUUCUCUAUCUAAAUAAGAGACUUUAAGUUAUUCUUAAGCAUUCUAAGAUUUUAGGUAUGCGAUAUAAGAGUCUUUAACAAAGUUAUAGCGCAAUUUAAGUGCCUGGCAAAAAGAAAACAUAUUCAAACAAAACUUCCGUUUAACAACCGUUGAACCCGUCCCCGACCCACAAGAAGUAAACCCAAACCCACUUUUAAGGCCUUUCCGAUCCAUAUCGCAAACGGAACAAAACCGUAUUUGAACCAAAAAGAAUCUAUUCUAUAUAGUAUUGCCUUUAUUCGUUAUGUUUAUAAAUAUUUAUGCUACCAAAGAAAGAAUAACAG